GCAGCAGCAGCAGCAGCAGCAGCGCCGGACCUUCCUCCGCCGUCCCCGCACCCCGGAUAAGCUCCUGGGGCAGUCAAACAGAUGCAUCCUUCAGCAAGUAAUUGCAACCUGUACUAGAGAGAAAUCCAGGGAUGAUCCAUUUAGGGGUUCAGUUUCUCCACGAUGGAAUUCCUCAACUUCCUUCCAGAAACACAGGCUCCUUGCUUCUCUGAUUGAUCUUCAGCGAAGGUUUGAUGGACAGACACUUUCUGUCAACAGUGCAGCCAUUUCCUUUUUGGUGGAAGCUAGAAGAUAAGGUGAAAGGGGCCACCCGCCACCUUUUCUGGUGACUAGCACUGUGCCACUUCGUUCUCAGAACAUGGGCCCUCGUUUAAAGUUGCAGCUGUGAUCCUCGGCUGUCUGUGGGCUUUGAAAGGACCUGAUGUUUUACGUUAUUGGUGGAAUCACAGUAUCUGUGGUUGCAUUCUUCUUCACAAUUAAGUUCCUCUUUGAGCUUGCCGCACGUGUAGUCAGCUUCCUCCAGAAUGAGGACCGUGAGCGCCGAGGGGACCGGACUAUUUAUGACUACGUGCGGGGCAAUUACCUGGAUCCCCGGUCAUGCAAAGUCUCCUGGGAUUGGAAGGACCCCUAUGAGGUGGGCCACAGCAUGGCCUUCCGAGUGCAUUUAUUCUACAAGAAUGGGCAGCCAUUCCCUGCACAUCGGCCUGUGGGAUUGAGAGUUCACAUCUCUCAUGUUGAGCUUGCAGUAGAAAUUCCAGUGACCCAAGAAGUUCUCCAGGAACCCAGUUCCAAUGUGGUCAAAGUGGCCUUCACUGUGCGGAGGGCUGGGCGUUAUGAAAUCUCCGUGAAGCUUGGUGGAUUAAAUGUGGCCUAUAGCCCCUACUACAAGAUUUUUCAGCCUGGGAUGGUGGUUCCUUCCAAAACCAAAAUCGUAUGCCAUUUUUCUACUCUUGUGUUGACCUGUGGGCAGCCACAUACCCUUCAAAUAGUGCCCCGAGAUGAGUAUGACAACCCUACCAACAAUUCCACGUCUUUGAGAGAUGAGCUGGAUUAUAGUUUGUCCAUUCAUGAGCUUGGUCCUCAAGAAGAAGAAAGCGCUGGUGUCCCAUUUGAGAAGUCGGUGACUUCCAACAGGCAGACAUGCCAGGUAUUCUUGAGGCUCACUCUGCAUUCUCGUGGGUGCUUCCAUGCCUGCAUUUCAUACCAAAAUCAGCCGAUCAAUAAUGGCGAAUUCGACAUCAUUGUACUAAGUGAGGAUGAGAAAAAUAUUGUUGAACGCAAUGUGUCCACCUCAGGAGUGAGCAUUUACUUCGAGGCUUAUCUUUAUAAUGCCACCAACUGUGCCAGCACACCAUGGCACCUGCCUCCCAUGCACAUGAGCUCCUCCCAGCGCCGGCCUUCCACAGCUAUUGAGGAGGAGGACGAAGAUUCUCCCUCUGAAUGUCAUACCCCUGAGAAGGUGAAGAAACCCAAGAAGGUGUACUGCUAUGUGUCACCAAAGCAAUUCUCAGUGAAGGAAUUCUACCUGAAAAUCAUCCCCUGGCGCCUGUACACCUUCCGGGUAUGCCCAGGAACAAAAUUUUCAUAUCUUGGUCCUGAUCCUGUCCAUAAACUCCUCACACUGGUGGUGGAUGAUGGCAUUCAGCCUCCUGUGGAGCUCAGUUGUAAGGAAAGGAACAUUCUAGCAGCCACUUUCAUCCGCUCCCUGCAUAAGAAUAUAGGAGGCUCUGAGACCUUUCAGGACAAAGUGAACUUUUUCCAGAAAGAGCUUCGACAGAUACAUAUGAAAAGGCCACAUUCUAGAGUCACUCUGAAGGUCAGCAGACAUGCCUUGUUGGAAUCGUCUUUGAAAGCCACUCGGAAUUUCUCCAUCUCAGAUUGGAGCAAGAACUUUGAAGUGGUUUUCCAGGAUGAGGAAGCACUUGAUUGGGGAGGACCUCGCCGAGAGUGGUUUGAGCUAAUCUGCAAAGCACUGUUUGAUACCACCAAUCAACUCUUCACCCGAUUCAGUGACAACAACCAAGCAUUAGUGCACCCCAAUCCCAGUCGCCCUGCCCAUCUGCGCUUGAAGAUGUAUGAGUUUGCAGGGCGGCUGGUGGGCAAAUGUCUCUAUGAGUCUUCUCUAGGAGGAGUCUAUAAACAGUUGGUUCGCGCUCGAUUCACCCGCUCUUUCUUGGCCCAGAUCAUAGGACUACGUAUGCAUUAUAAGUACUUUGAAACAGAUGAUCCUGAGUUCUACAAAUCUAAAGUUUGUUUCAUCCUCAAUAAUGACAUGAGUGAGAUGGAGCUGGUUUUUGCAGAAGAGAAAUACAACAAAUCAGGCCAAUUGGAUAAGGUGGUCGAACUCAUGACAGGUGGAGCUCAAACUCCAGUAACCAAUGCAAAUAAAAUCUUCUAUUUAAAUUUACUGGCCCAAUACCGAUUGGCCAGUCAGGUGAAAGAUGAGGUAGAGCAUUUUCUCAAAGGUCUGAAUGAGUUGGUCCCUGAGAAUUUAUUGGCUAUUUUUGAUGAAAAUGAACUUGAGCUGCUCAUGUGCGGAACCGGGGACAUCAGCGUGUCUGACUUCAAAGCUCACGCGGUGGUUGUUGGCGGCUCAUGGCAUUUCAGAGAAAAGGUCAUGAGGUGGUUUUGGACAGUAGUUUCCAGCUUCACCCAGGAGGAGCUGGCUCGGCUGCUUCAGUUCACAACAGGCUCCUCUCAGCUGCCCCCCCGAGGCUUCGCUGCCCUCUGUCCCUCGUUCCAGAUAAUUGCUGCUCCCACCCAUAACACGCUGCCCACAGCGCACACAUGUUUCAACCAGCUGUGCCUCCCUACGUAUGACUCGUAUGAGGAGGUGCACAGGAUGCUGCAGCUGGCCAUCAGCGAGGGCUGUGAAGGCUUUGGCAUGCUCUGACUGUUCUCCCCAGUUUCUCUGGGGCAUCUGGCGCAUGUCACCGAUGUCAUAACCAUCCACCAAAAGUUGCUGCAUGCUUCCCUAUGUCUGGAGGAUCUGGGCACCUACAAACCCUGCCCUUCCUGCCCCUGCCCCUGCCCCUCUGCCCUCUACGCCUCUUUGGCACAGUCUGUAGCUUGGGCCCCUCUGCAGUUACUGCUCGUGAUUGUAGAGGCGCUCCAUAGUGAUGGCUGCUUCAUGGCUGAAGGGAUGUUUCCCCAGAGGAGCCCAGCGACACCCUCAACUUGUUCUGCUCCUCAGAGGCCCCUCGGUGGCCCUCUCCUCUUCCCCUGAGGUACCCAUCCUUCCUGUGGCAGGGUCAUUGCCUCAUCUGAAGACUUCACUUCAUCCCUCUACAAUAACAGACCCACGCCAUACUCUGACCUCCCUGUAAGGAGAUCCAGAGCAGUGCAGCAGCCUGUGAUUGUAUGGGGUAUGGUGUCAGCACAGCAAGAAGCGCUUUCUCUCCCAGUGGCUCUAUGAGAGAUACCCACAAAAUGAUCAUUAAGCGUGAGUCAGAGCCAUGAGAAAAGCAGCCUGCUCUGAGAGCAGGAAAGGGCUGUCUAAUCAAAUUCUCCUUUAGCAUCCACCACUGCUGCACCUCCCUGCAUUUGUUCUGUGACACUGAGGGGAGCUGGGUGCUGAAGAAACAUAUCAACGGAUGGAGAGUAGGAAUAACUGACCCUUGACACUGCUGAGUGGUCUCUGACAAGGGAAAGCCAGGGAAAAUGGAUCACUGGUAUAUAAGUCCAUACAGAUCCUAAGGGUCAGGCCAGUGGAUUUCCUCUCCCUGCUCAUCCCCUUCACUCCAUUAGUUUCUGGUAUUCACUGUCUUGUGAUGGCUGAAGAGAACUUAAAACUUUCUCCUGGAGCAUCCCAGCAUCUCCAUUCAUCCCAGUAUGAUCUCCAGCAUUGUCAGGACUCCAGACCUCAUCAGCUCCCACGUCUGAUGGCUCCUGCGCAGGCACCCAUCCCCGCAUUCAACUCUGAGAAAAUUACAAGCCAUCCUUAUUGCCAAAACCAGCAAGUCCAGAGAUGAGACGGGACUUGCGGUGAUGCCUUGAUCUCCUAGAAGCUUGUCUGAGCCGCCCUGUUCCAGGGACAAGAGGAACAGGCUCUCCUGAGCUGCUCUGCUACCUGUUGGACCGCCUACCUGUACAGUUGGCGUUUGUCUCUCUUGGCGUGAACACUGACCUCACUUGUGGUGGGAGCCCAGGGUCCAGCAUCGGGCCUGGCCACAUGGUCACUGCUCUCCUCAGGAACCAGGACAAGGUGCUGCUGCUUCCCCCAAGUUGCCCACAGGCGGGGACAGCCAGCUUCCUCGUCCUGGGAAAUGCCCCAUCGGUGCAAAGAGGGCUUUCCAGCUGGGCAUGAGAACUGGUUCUCUGUGGUGGUUAUUCAUCUGUGGACGCUACACCUGCCCUCUAGAAGCCUCCAGAGACCAUGUAGGCGCCCAAGUGGACUUUUCUGGCUGGUCUGUGGGUUUAGUUCGAGCCGUUGCACUGUUCACAGUGUCCUGGGCACCGCUGCAGUCUCUUCAGUGGCCCAGAGACCCAGAGUCUGCUUUAACAAAGCCUUGGUACUGUUGCUCUUUUCUAUUCGGAUUUGUUUUCUCCUAGCUCUAUCCCAAAAGUAUCUUUGCUCUUUCUUUGUUCUUUUUCCGCCCCUCUCCUCCUACUUCUGUUUUGGUUCUAGCUAAUGAGGGGAAAUUUUCAAGAUGUCAGUGAGGAAGAAAAGUGUGUUUUGUUUGAGGCAAGUCUUUAUUCACAUUUCUGAUUUAAGGCUGUUAUUUCUGUCCCUCUGACCCAGGUAGUUGGAGGGCCAGCUCACCUCCUGGCCUUUUAGAACCUUUUAGAAUAGGUACCAAGUUCAUACUGGGCAUGUUUUGGCCUGGGUGUAGGACUUCUGCAGAGUCCAGCCCUGCUGCAGAAUGGAUAAGCCCAAGCCAAAGGUCGAACCCCUGCAGCAAGAGUGUAAAUAUUUUUGUACAGUUAAUAAAUGGACUUUAAAAGGA